AUGCAGGCUGCUGGGCUGGAUCCCCUUGAAAGCAGAGGCUCCCCCUUCCAGGCUGCAAUGGACACCAACUUCUCUUGGGAUGACAGCACCAGGCACAAUGUCACCCUCCCUGAGCCACUGCCACCCCUCUCUGUCCUCCUGCCAGCAGAGUACUCUGUGAUCUGUGCCGUGGGGCUGGCAGGUAACACAGCUGUCAUCUGUGUGAUUCUGAGGGUGCCCAAGAUGAAAACAGUGACCAAUGUGUUCAUCUCGAACCUGGCCAUCGCUGAUGGCCUCUUCACUCUGGUGCUGCCUGUCAGCAUCAUGGAGCACCUGCUGCAGCGCUGGCAUUUCAGGGACCUGCUCUGCAAACUGGUGCUGGCCAUCGACCACUACAGCAUCUUCUCCGGCAUCUACUUCCUGGACCUGAGUGUGGAUCGCUACCUGGGGGUGCUGGCCACCACACAGUCCCGCCAGGUGUCCUGGCGCACGCUCCACAAAGCGAAGAUCACCAGCCUCUGUGUCUGGAUCAGUGCCGCCUUCUCCUUUGCUGGCAUCUACAACAAUGAGCUGCAGGUUGCGAGUUGCGGGCUUAGCUUCCCACAGCCUGAGAGGGUCUGAUUCAAGGCCAGCCAUAUCUACAUGCUAGUCCUGGUUGUGGUGCCCGGGGGCCCCCUUUGUGUGCUCGACAUGGACCUGUUACGUAGGUUCCAGGCCCUGCAACUCCACUCCAGAGCCAAAGCUCUGGGCAAGGCCAAGCGGAAGGUGACCAACCUGGUACUGGCUGUGCUGGCCGUGGGCCUGCUCUGCUGGACACCCUUCCACCUGGCCUCCGCUGUGGCCCCGACCACAGACGUGCCCCAGACAUCACUGGUCAUCGGUAUCUCCUACAUCAUCACCAGUCUCACCUAUGCCAGCUCCUGGGUCAACUCUUUCCCAUAUGCCUUCCUGGAUGAGAACUUCCAAAACAGCCUCGGCAACAUGUUCCGGGGCCCAGGGGCCUGA